AACAACGUAUACGAAGGAACCUAGCAGCUCCGUAUUCAUUUAAAAGUGGACCCAACAACUGAUCUUAACCCGACCCGGACCCGCAGGCGCAAGCAAGCAAACACGGGAUGUACGAAAUUGGCCCUAUCUAAAGCUUCUCAGCUACGCCUAAAAUCUCCCGCGUCAAUUCACUAACAAAUUAUUCUUCACUCACACUCACACUCACACUAGGGUUUCUCUCAUCAAAUUCUGCUUCAAUCGAUAAGUGUAAACAGUUUCUCUUCGAUUAUACCAAUGGGGAAGAGGCCAGUAGUAGUCUUAUCAUCAUCAGAUGAUGAUGAUUUUGCAUCCAAAUCCACUUUUAAUAAACCUAAAUCCAGAACAGCUUCUCGAGCGAACCCUAAAGGAUCGAAGAAAGUUAGGGUUUCGAGUUCCAGGUCUCAUCCGGGCAAAAAGGUUAAUCCUUUUGAGGAGAUGAAACUGUUCUGUGAGGAUUUUGGUGAAAGUUUUACUGGGUUCAAGGUAUCUGCUGGCUAUAGAAAUGGCAGCAAAGAGUUAUGGUUAGACAAGUAUACACCUUCUUCUUUGGCGGAGCUAUGUGUGCAUAAAAAGAAGGUCGAAGAGGUUAAAGUUUGGUUUGAAGAAAGAAUCAGUACCAAAAAGGAUGAACAUUGUAAUCACGUUCUUCUCAUUACUGGACCGUCAGGAGUUGGAAAAUCUGCAACAGUCUAUGCGGUUGCUUCCCAUCUUGGCGCCACAGUAUGUGAAUGGAACACACCUACUCCCACAAUAUGGCAAGAACAUAUACAUACCACGAAUGCAGGCUUGCGCUACAUGUCAAAGCUGGAUGAAUUCGAGAAUUUUGUGGAAAAGAUAAGAAAAUACGGAUUAAUUUCUUCAUCUUCGAAAGGAGAACAACAAAAACCAUAUAUCAUCUUAAUCGAUGAUCUUCCAGUAAUAAACGGAAAAAUUUCUUAUGGUAGACUGCAGCGCUGCUUGCAUCUUCUUGUGCAAUCUGUUCGUAUUCCAACUGUCAUACUGAUCACAGAUUACACUAGAGAAGACACCUCUGAUUACACUUCAAGAUGCUGGGAAGAUCUUCAGACAUUUCUUCAAAGCGCCGGGGCUUGUAAGGUGACGUUUAAUCCAAUCACAGUGAACUCUAUGGCAAAGACGCUUUCGAAAAUAUGCAGAGUAGAAAAGGUUAGAGUAACAGCUGACCAGAUCGACGUCAUAGCUAAAGCCAGUGGAGGUGACAUCAGACAUGCGGUUACGUCUAUGCAGUACCUUUGUCUGAAAUCAGGCUCAAUUGAAAAGGGGCCCCACAAGAUUGAUUAUUUGGAGGAUGGGUGUUCUUUACCGUUUGGCAGAGAUGAAACUCUUUCCCUGUUUCAUGCACUCGGGAAAUUCUUGCACAAUAAAAGAGAUACAGAGAAUUCAACUGCAUCUGACGCAGAUUCUCUGUUAAUAAAGGAGGAUUUUGCAAGAUUGCCUAUGAAAAUGGACGCACCAGAGAGGGUUCUUGGUCAAGCACAUGGGCAAGCAAGGCCUAUUGCUGAUUUCUUACAGGAAAACGUUCUAGAUUUUGUGCAUGAGGAAGCUAUGGAUGAUGCAUGGAUGGCAACUUCAUAUCUUAGUGAUGCUGACACGCUUCUUGCUUCACUUAGUGGAGCACAAUAUAGAAAUUAUGUGGCCGAGAACAUUAUCCAGUCAACUGCUGCAUCAGUGGCAGUACGUGGGGUGAUGUUUGGCAAUCGUCACCCCCUAUCCGCAAGGUGGCAUGCCAUCCGUCGUCCAACGCUGUGGCAGGUUGACCAAUCACUAUGGCGCAACAAGAAGGAGAUGGUUGGGCAAAGAAGUGUUGCUUAUAAUGGUGUGAACUUGUCUGAUGUUUCCAUCAUUGCAACCGAGUGGAAUCCUUUUCUUAAGUGGCUAGGGCCUAGAGCUUUCGAUGACGACAAAGGAUCAAUUAGUGGCCAAAUGGUUCACAAUGAAGGUUAUGAUGGCAUGGAGAUUGAUGACGACGACAACGAUGAUGAAAUAGAAGAUUGGUAGAUGGUAAUGAUGAUCAAAUAGGAUUGGUGGUAAAUUUUGUAGGGGGUGCUGAUAUUUUGGGGGAAGCAAACAUGUUUUAGAUUUUGUACAUGGGUGUAAAUUUAUGCUGGUUUUUU